ACAAAUCCUGCUCCCUCGUCAAUGGUACGCCAGUGUCUCGGUAUGUUGGAUUGAAAAGUCGACUGGUUUCAAUCCCAGUUCAAAGGCGUGUCCGAUUGUUGUAUGACAGGUCAUUAGAACAGUGUAUGGCCCCUGAACAAACAUCGCUCGCCUGGAGUCACCCGCUAUUGCCUGACCUUCGAAUCGGGGUGCAGGCAUGCGGCGUUACGAGACGUGAGCGUAUAAAUAGAAAGUGGUUAUAACGCGUGUGAGGUGUAGAUAGUAUAGAGCACACACGAUGUAGGUAUGUCCCCACCAUGCAGGGCAAACCAACCUAACAGUCAUUCGGUUAAAAGUCAAGGAAGUUCACGUUUUAGUUACCGUCUUGUUGGUAAACAAUUAAUAAGUGAAAUACAUGGUGCAUUGCGACAGUUGUCGAAAGGUGUUAGUGUUGCAUUCCUACGGAACUCCACUACAAAAGGAUACGGAUUUGGUGAUAUGUUCUAGCAACAAAAAAUAUUCGGAUGAUGAUAUAUUGUCAGCUGGUAUUGUAAGUAUAAAUUUGGAUCUACAGGCAAAGUCUGUUUAUCCUUUGAGACAAACGGUUGGACGAACGGAACAGUAAAUAUCUUUAUUAAUAAUUUUGGAUUGUAUGCUGAAGUUACUGUUUAACCCUAUAGAAGUGUUUCGCAUAUUGGAGAGUUCUUCUUUCUUACAGACGAACUGAAGAAUUGAAGGAUAGAAAGAAGACAUAUUUGUUUAAUCAUACUGAAUAGCAUUUUAAUAUCACUGUUUAUCACUGCUAUUGUUUAACAGACACUGUUGUGUUUUAACAAAUGUAUUACAAACAAACAUCUGAACAGACGUAACAAGUGAACUUUUGUACUGGUCACAUAGAAUUGUAUACCACAACCACUGUCAUAAGCCCUGUAUAGACAAAAGGACGAACGGAAUAAUCGAACAGUGAUAUUUUGUGUAAGCGAUCAUUGGAAUUUCAGCUGAUAAGCAAUAAAAGUCAAACGAUACAAGUGACACAAAAACAACAGCAGUAGCAGCAGCAACAGUAGCAGCAUUAGCAGCAGAAGUAGCAGUAGAAACAGCAGAAGUAGCAGCAACAGCAGUAGCAGUUGCAACAGCAGCAGAAGUAUAAGCAGUAGAAGCAGCAACAGUAGCAUCAUCAUCAUCAUCAGCAGCAGCAGCAGCAACAACAGCAGCAGCAAUAACAACAGCAACAAAACCGCCGUAUACCACGAUGUCAACAUUCAACGUGCUCAAGGCCGUGUCCGUCCGUCUGUGCCUCCUGCUCCACAGCCUGCUGACGACCUGGCGAGUGACCGUCAACUGGAGUAACGACCAGUUCUGGUUGCUCGUCGUGGCCAACGUGCCGUUUAUCGUCGAGGGUCUUUACACAGUCAUCAGGCGGAAAGGCAUCGAGUGGAAAUGGAUGUGUCCUUGCUUCUUCUUCUACCUGCUGAGCACAAUACCUGGGAUCUGGCUGCUAGAAAUCAACAGCUUGAAUGCGUAUGGUAACAUCAAUUCCACAGCCGUCCAGGAUAUCACGAUCAGCGGGAUAAACAUCCCGAUACGUCUGAGCGCGGACACUUGGAACCUGGUUGUGGAAGAGUCUCUGCUCUACCUGAUGAUCCUCGGUCGUUGGUUUCUCCCCCGCGGCGACGUCUCCCGCGAGCAGCUGUCCGAGCUGCUGUUCGCCUUCCUCGGCAUCGCAUCCGACAUCAUGGAGCUGUUCGCCCUCUUCGACGAGAACCCGGUCCGAUCCAGCACGGUGAUGACGUACGCCCUGCUGGCCGUGUGGAGUUGGAGCAUCCUCCAGUUCGUCCUCGUCAUCACCGUGUCGCACAGACCCAAGCGGAGGCGCAUUCAGAGGAUCCCGGGGGCAGGGGAGGACGUCACGAACGUCGUGGUGUUCGAGAUCAUCGGGAUUUUCGUCAGUUUGUUCAUGCAGGAUGUCCCGUUCCUGGUGCUAAGGAUGUACACCAUGAUCACCUUCGACCUCCUCAACUACAGUCUGAUCUUCUUUACGGCCAAGAACGUCCUGGUCAUCCUACUACUCUGGUACCGGUUGGUGAUCAUGUGUUCCAAUCACUUCUGUGGCAAGAAGCGGCGCAUGAGGAAAGCGGCAGCGGCUGCGGCUCGGAAGAACCUUCCUCUGGGUGCAGUUGUGUGCGGAUCGGAUAACUACAAGAGGUUUGAAGACGCUAUCGAGGAAACGAUGUAUGAUAAAGAUUACGAAAUUUUUGUUAACGAGGAUGAAAUGGUUAGGAAAAGAAAACGAGACAGUUCCAAAUCGGAAAGCAUCAUCGUUGAUUCAGACAUAAAUCCGCCUUCAGAACAGGUGCAGUCUAAUCAUAAAGAGGUGUCGUCCGUUAGCGAUCGAGAUGAGUCUCUGAAAAGUGACGAGAAGCCAGAAAGCACAACGAAAUUACCUCAGAAUGAGAGGGGAAACCCACCUUUAGUUCCACAGGACAGUGGAAGACAUUCCGUAUCAAGUGAAAGCAUGGCUGGAGAAGAUUCUCCCAAAUCCAGAAAUGGAAGAGUCCCAGCAGGAAGCGACUUAGUGUCUGAAAGCGAGGACGUCAACACGUCUUCGACAUUCACCCCUGGAGUUCCUUCAGAAAAGGUAAAAAGGCAAGAUUCCCCCAAAUCCAGAAAUGGAAGAGUCCCAGCAGAAAGCGACUUAGUGGCCGAAAAGGACGUCAACACUUCUUCAACAUUCACCCCUGAGGUUCCUUCAGAAAACGUGGCAGACGACAAAUCAAAGAAACAUAUAUCAAUAAUAAAUGUGCGUCUCUAGCACAACUCAUUACAUACAAUAUUAUGUUAAUCAAGUGUUGAGAAUGAAUUUUGUAGAAUCUAAUGAUAAUAUAACAUCAGCCGUCCAAACGACAUCUUAAACUACUCUCCAUGAUGAUACGUCCUAUCAGAUCAUCUGUUAUCUUUAGAAGAUUGCCAUUUUCAAAAACUGGGUUAGAGAAAUGAUAAACUAUAAACACAUUUAUGCCAGUAUGAUCGAGGUUUGUAUGGCUAUAUCGGUGUUUGUGUAGAUUUAUGAAUUCAUUUUCCAAUACUGUCUAUUAUGAUUCUUGAAGAGAGCAUCGCGUAUCAGUAAGACUGUUUGCUACAGGACAAUCAUUCUUAUACUAUUUUACACUAGAAAUUUAGCUGAACAUCUGCACUUUACUGAGGACAUAUGAAAAGUGAACUGCACUAGCUACAUUGUUACAAUGAUAACACGAAAUAACUUUGACAAAUUCAUUUGAAUUUUUAUAUAUAUAUUUCGGAACAACUAGGAGCUCUCUACUACAUAUAUGUCUAUCACAUGCGUGCGUACAUUUAUCUGGUACUGUGGGAUUCUUUAUUUUCGUGGGAUUAAAUUUUUGUGCGUUUUUUUUUUUUUAAAUACGCAUUUCGUUGGGUACGUAAAUUCGUGGAUCGAAAAGGCAGUUUCUUAAAUUUGUUUUAUGUGUUACAUUUUCGAUGUAUUCUUAAAUUCGUUGACUCCACGAAUUAAACGAACAUUUUAUCACCACGAAUGAUUUUACGUAAAUCACAAAAUCAUCAAUAUGGAAUAUUGUCAUCUGUGAAAAAAAAAUGUUUUGCCAGUAUUUGGGUAAAUGUUCUGAAAAAGAACUUCAGUGUAAUAUUAUUGUUUAACCGGCGAUUAUUAGGCGCCACAAGUAGAAUCACUGUAACAUUUGAUCUUAGCUUGCAAAUAUGUUCUUCAAGAGACAGAUGUAUGCACGAUGAUCUAAUCUUCCAUUUAGCUGAAGCUGAUCUCGUGAUUGUGUUAUAUUUUAUUUUUAUAAUGCUCUAAAAUACAUCUGUCCCGGACCAAGUCACUGGCUAUCCAGAGAUUUGACCCGCGAGAGACAUGCCUGAAACCUUAGUGGUUUAUGGUCAU